GUGUGUGUGUGUGUGUGUGUGUGUGUGUGUGUGUGUGUGUGUUUAGUGGAACAUUUUGAUUCUUCCGUUUUCUGCCCCUGUAAUGGUGUUGGUGGUCUCUUCUGUGUGUAUGUCUGUCCUGUUGCAUAAUAAAGUCCCUGCUUACUUCCUCCCAUUAAAAUCACCGUGUUAACUUGUUGAGGUGAUCAGUCGUGCUCCUGCAGCUCGUGUACAACACCUGGAGAAUAUUUCUUCCUGAAUGAUGGCAAGUGUUACAUGGAUCCUCACUUUAAUUUGUGUUGCAGGAUGUUACCUGUCUUCAGCCUCACCCGUUCUCCGCUCAGCCCUGGUGGUCCAGGCAGGGCAGAACGUCUCUCUCAGCUGUAACCUGACGUCCAGCGUGGAGAUCACCUGGUACCUUCUGCGCUCAGAUCAGCUGCUGCCUCUUCUGACAGUUAAAUCAAGUAAACUGACAGAAGUUACAGUCACCUUUCACACUGUAGACGUCAGUCAUGUUUACCACAGGGGCGACAUGGAGAGGGGACCCAUCAGUCUGGAGAUCCUGGAGGUGGAGGAGGUGGACGCUGGGCUGUAUUUCUGCACCAGCCAGGUUGCAGGAGCUGUUUUUGUUAACAGAGGAAUUCGUCUGGUUGUUAACGGAGUUGACGGGGAGUCAGCCAGGCAGCCAUGUUGGAGUCUUGGGAUCUGUAUUCUUCCAGCUUUACUCGUCCUCUGCCUUGUCUUCAUCGUUGGAUUUUCCCUUUUCUCAGGUAAAUCAGAUGUUUGCUGCUGUAAUCCAGAGAGAAGAAACACGGGUCAGAGGGUCACAGAGGAAGUGGCUUUGCACUAUUCCAGUCUGAAGCAUGCACACAAGCCCCGCCCCUACAGCCGAGGAGGGACAGGAUUGGUGGAAAAGGAUGUCACAUACUCGGCAGUGGCCAGUCGCAAGAACCCACAUGGAUCACAUGACCACAGAUAGAACGGCUCCUUGUUUUUUUCCUGUUUUUAACAACAGGAAAAAAAAAAAAACUUCUCUGACUUUGAAUGUGAUUAAUUUGAGAUUUUAUAAACGUGAUGAUUAAACUGUUACUGUUUUUAGUUUCUGGUCUUUAAAUAAGUCAAUAAUUACUUUUUAAAUACAAGUUUCUCUACACGACCUGUCUCUAAAGUGAAUUUCAGGUUCCUCCUCUGAACAAAUAUACAUAUAUAUAUUACAUAUAUAUAUAUAAGUUUAAGUUAUUUCACUGAUCUUUUUUUUUCAUAGUAAAAUGCAACAGACUGUGUGAAAUGUGUAGAAAUUAUGCUCUGCUUUCUUUCUUUUUAUCUUUAGCCUCUUUGCAUUUUUUAUAUAGCGCUGCAGGAUGAAAAGAUGGACACUUCUCGUAUAACAGAGAAACGCAGAAAGAUUUAAAUAUCCAGAUUGUAGAGGGACAAUAGAGUCAUGGUUUAAAACAGAUUAAUGAAUGUUCUAUUAAUGUCAGAAAUUGCCUUAAUGCACUUCUCUGUGCGACAAGUGUCAGUUUAAUGAAGCCACUCAAACACACUGUUAUAUAAUGUGUCCUAAGAUUCAGAAGUACUGGUGCAACAUUUUCCAAACAAUUUCAGACAUUCUUGUUUCAAGAAUUAAGCCUGAACCACAAACUAUAAUUUUUAAUAUUCCAGAGACAUUUAACAACCUCACAUCAGCUCAAAGAUGACUUAUCAACUAUGUCCUUAUGUCAGCUAAGAAAUGUUUGCUGAUGUUGUUGAAGAGUAAAAACAUCCCUAAUGUAAAUAUGUGUCUUGAUGAUGUUGGUACUCUUGAGGUGUAGAGGAUAAGAAAUAUAUUAGAACUGAGCAGAUGAAUUUAAUUGACCCCAUCUGGCAACCUUUCAUUCAAUACCUGGAGAAAAUAACAAUGUAAUGCCAUUUGCAGAUUCUUGUUACCGAUGUUUAAAGUGGGAUCCUUUGACUUGGGAUGCCUACGUCGGGUGGGUUGGCUGCUUCAUUUUUUUCUGUUGUGGUUUUUUUUUGUUUGUUUGGUUUUUUUCUUUUCUUAUUUUUAUAUAUUCUAAAAGAGGACAGUGUCUGGAUCAGUUUUGUAAAUGCACAAAUUAUCUUUAUUUUUUACCAAUUAUUUUUUUAUUUGUAUAUAUUUACUUAUUAUCUAUGCCCACUGACACCCCUCUCAAUAAAAGUCUUUAAUCAGUCAUUUACAUACACAAAAACUCACCACAGAAGAACGUCAGAAUGUUAGUAUAACACUGUCACUGCCAGAUAAAUGCACAUAAUGACAGAAAGCUUAUUUGUACAAACCCUGUAUGGAUUUACAUGUAGCAUCCACUGUGAUGUGUGUCUCACUGAUGUUUUUAUGUCUGUCAACAAUUUUCUUUUUUUAAUUUUCAAUAAAUACAUUUAGAUACAAAA